ACAUUCGAAGACCUGCAAGCGAUAUUCAAUUAUGCAGUGGUCAACUCGAAUAGCGUUUUUCGUCGCAGUUUCUUGCGCUCAUUUUCUUACGGUUUUUGGAGCUGGUGAAGCAAUAUGGGGAAAUCCUGCAAUUGCUGAAAGCCUUCUGCAAUCAUUUACUCAGUCCAUAGCUCGUUCUGGAGCUUUUACAUAUGACCAAAUGGAUGACAUAUCGUCCAUAAGUGACACAAUUAUGGACGCAAUGGACAGAAUGGCUAGAUCCAAAAAAAGUUCCAAAUCGAAACUCCAAGCUCUAAAUAUGGCUUUCGCAUCGUCCGUUGCUGAAAUAGCCGUCUCAUCAGAUGGAGGCCAACCACUGGGUGUUAAAACCAAUGCAAUAAUGGAUGCAUUAGCUGAUGCUUUCAUGCAAACAACAGGAACAGUAGAUCAGGUAUUCCUGAGAGAGAUGGGUGAGUUAAUAACUAUGUUUGCUCAAGCCAGCAUAAAUGAAAUAGCCGAAUCAUCCGCAGGAGCAGCAGCCUCGUCAGGAGGAUUAGGUACAGGACAAAGUUACGGUCCCAGCGCAGUAUCCGCAACAGCUACAGCCGCAGGUUUGUCCGGGAGAGGUUACGGUCAAGGUCCAAUUACUGGAGCAUCUGCAGCAAGUACAACUGCAACAGAAACAGGAGACAUAUCAACCCAAACUACAUACUACACAAACCGAAGAAUACAUCACGAGAUCAAGUGCAGCCAAGCUUCAGCAGCUGCUGCAACAGCAGGAGGCUAUGGUCAAGAUCAGCAAGGAUAUGGUCAAGGCGCAGGUGCUGGGGCAGCUGCUUCUGCAGCAACAGGAGUUGGUGGUCCUAGGGGACCAGGUUACGGAGUCGGACAAGGUACAGGAGCAGCCGCAGCAGCCACUGCUGCAGGAGCUGUAGGCUAUGAUCAAGGCCUGAGAGGAUACGGUCAAGGUGCCGGGGCUGGCGCUGGAGCAGCUGCUGCAGCUGGUGCUGGAGGACGUGGGGGUUUUGGACAAGGCCAACAAGGAUAUGGUCAAGGCGCCGGUGCUGGGGCAGCUGCUGCAGCUGGUGCUGGAAGAGGUCGAGGCUACGAUCAAGGUGCAGGUGUUGGAGCAGCCGCAGCAGGGGGUGCUGGCGGUCUUGGCGGCAGAGACCAACAAGGAUACGGUCAAGGUGCAGGAGCUGGAGCAGCAGCCGCUGGAGCUGGUGGUGCUACGGGACCAGGUUACGGAGCCGGACAAGGCGCAGCAGCCAGUGCUGCAGGAGCUGGAGGCUAUGAUCAGGGCCUGAGAGGAUACGGUCAAGGUGCCGUAGCUGGUGCAGGAGCAGCCGCAGCAGCUAGUGCUGCAGGACUUGGCGGUCUCGGCAGAGGCCAGCAAGAAUAUGGACAAGGUCCAGGUGCCUCGGUAGCAGCCACUGCAGCAGCAGGAGCUGGUGGAGCACGGGGACAAGAUUACGGAGCCGGACGUGGUGCAGGGGCAGGAGCAGCCGCAGCAGCCAGUGCAGCGGGAGCUGGAGGCUAUGACCAAGGCCUGAGAGGAUAUGGCCAAGGUGGCGGAACUGGUGCUGGAGCAGCUGCUGCAGCUAGUGCUGGAGGACGUGGAGGUUUUGGACAAGGCCAACAAGGAUAUGGUCAAGGAGCCGGUGCUGGGGCAGCUGCUGCAGCUGGUGCUGGAAGAGGUCGAGGCUACGAUCAAGGUGCAGGUGCUGGAGCAGCAGCAGCAGCUAGUGCUUUAGGUCUUGGCGGCAGAGACCAACAAGGAUAUGAACAAGGUGCAGGUGGCGGGGCAGAUGCCGCUGCAGCAGCAGGAGCUGGUGGAGCACGGGGACAAGAUUACGGAGCCGGACGUGGUGCAGGAGCAGGAGCAGCCGCAGCAGCCAGUGCAGCGGGAGCUGGAGGCUAUGACCAAGGCCUGAGAGGAUAUGGCCAAGGUGCGGGAGCUGGUGCUGGAGCAGCUGCUGCAGCUGGAUCUGGAGGACGUGGAGGUUUUGGACAAGGCCAACAAGGAUAUGGUCAAGGAGCCGGCGCUGGGGCAGCUGCUGCAGCUGGUGCUGGAAGAGGUCGAGGCUACGAUCAAGGUGCAGGUGCUGGAGCAGUAGCAGCAGCUAGUGCUUCAGGUCUUGGCGGCAGAGACCAACAAGGAUAUGGACAAGGUGCAGGUGGCGGGGCAGCUGCCGCUGCAGCAGCAGGAGCUGGUGGAGCACGGGGACAAGAUUACGGAGCCGGACGUGGUGCAGGAGCAGGAGCAGCCGCAGCAAGCAGUGCAGCGGGAGCUGGAGGCUAUGACCAAGGCCUGAGAGGAUAUGGCCAAGGUGGCGGAGCUGGUGCUGGAGCAGCUGCUGCAGCUAGUGCUGGAGGACGUGGAGGUUUUGGACAAGGCCAACAAGGAUAUGGUCAAGGAGCCGGUGCUGGGGCAGCUGCUGCAGCUGGUGCUGGAAGAGGUCGAGGCUACGAUCAAGGUGCAGGUGCUGGAGCAGCAGCAGCAGCUAGUACGUCAGGUCUUGGCGGCAGAGACCAACAAGGAUAUGGACAAGGUGCAGGUGCCGGGGCAGCAGCAGGAGCUGGUGGUGCUAGUGGACCAGGUUACGGAGCCGGACAAGGCGCAGGAGCAGCCGCAGCAGCCAGUGCUGCAGGAGCUGGUGGCUAUGAUCAAGGCUUGAGAGGAUACGGUCAAGGUGCCGGAGCAGGUGCUGGAGCAGCUGCUGCAGCUGGAUCUGGAGGACGUGGAGGUUUUGGAGAAGGCCAACAAGGAUAUGGUCAAGGAGCCGGUGCUGGGGCAGCUGCUGCAGCUGGUGCUGGAAGAGGUCGAGGCUACGAUCAAGGUGCAGGUGCUGGAGCAGCAGCAGCAGCUAUUGCUUCAGGUCUUGGCGGCAGAGACCAACAAGGAUAUGGACAAGGUGCAGGUGGUGGGGCAGCUGCCGCUGCAGCAGCAGGAGCUGGUGGAGCACGGGGACAAGAUUACGGGGCCGGACGUGGUGCAGGAGCAGGGGCAGCCGCAGCAGCCAGUGCAGCGGGAGCUGGAGGCUAUGACCAAGGACUGAGAGGAUAUGGUCAAGGUGCCGGAGCUAGUGCUGGAGCAGCUGCUGCAGCUAGUGCUGGAGGGCGUGGAGGUUUUGGACAAGGCCAACAAGGAUAUGGUCAAGGAGCCGGUGCUGGGGCAGCUGCUGCAGCUGGUGCUGGAAGAGGUCGAGGCUACGAUCAAGGUGCAGGUGCUGGAGCAGCAGCAGCGGCUAGUGCUUCAGGUCUUGGCGGCAGAGACCAACAAGGAUAUGGACAAGGUACAGGUGCAGGUGCCGGGGCAGCUUCCGCUGCAGCAGCAGGAGCUGGUGGAGCACGGGGACAAGAUUACCGAGCCGGACGUGGUGCAGGAGCAGGAGCAGCCGCAGCAGGCAGUGCAGCGGGAGCUGGAGUCUAUGACCAAGGACUGAGAGGAUAUGGUCAAGGUGCCGGAGCUGGUGCUGGAGCAGCUGCUGCAGCUAGUGCUGGAGGACUUGGAGGUUAUGGACAAGGCCAACAAGGAUAUGGUCAAGGAGCCGGUGCUGGGGCAGCUGGUGCUGGAAGAGGUCGAGGCUACGAUCAAGGUGCAGGUGCUGGAGCAGCAGCAGCGGCUAGUGCUUCAGGUCUUGGCGGCAGAGACCAACAAGGAUAUGGACAAGGUACAGGUGCAGGUGCCGGGGCAGCUUCCGCUGCAGUAGCAGGAGCUGGUGAAGCACGGGGACAAGAUUACCGAGCCGGACGUGGUGCAGGAGCAGGAGCAGCCGCAGCAGGCAGUGCAGCGGGAGCUGGAGUCUAUGACCAAGGACUGAGAGGAUAUGGUCAAGGUGCCGGAGCUGGUGCUGGAGCAGCUGCUGCAGCUAGUGCCGGAGGACUUGGAGGUUAUGGACAAGGACAACAAGGAUAUGGUCAAGGAGCCGGUGCUGGGGCAGCUGCUGCAGCUGGUGCUGGAGGAGGUCGAGGCUACGAUCAAGGUGUAGGUGCUGGAGCAGCCGCAGCAGCUAGUGCUUCAGGUCUUGGCGGCAGAGACCAACAAGGAUAUGGACAAGGUGCAGGUGCCGGGACAGCUGCCGCUGCAGCAGCAGGAGCUGGUGGAGCACGGGGACAAGAUUACGGAGCCGGACGUGGUGCAGGAGCAGGAUCAGCCGCAGCAGCCAGUGCAGCGGGAGCUGGAGGUUAUGACCAAGGACUGAGAGGAUAUGGUCAAGGUGCCGGAGCUGGUGCUGGAGCGGCUGCUGCAGAUAGUGCUGGAGGACUUGGAGGUUAUGAACAAGGCCAACAAGGAUAUGGUCAAGGAGCCGGUGCUGGGGCAGCUGCUGCAGCUGGUGCUGGAAGAGGUCGAGGCUACUAUCAAGGUGCAGGUGCUGGAGCAGCAGUAGCAGCUAGUGCUUCAGGUCUUGGCGGCAGAGACCAACAAGGAUAUGGACAAGGUGCAGGUGCCGGCGCAGCUGCAGCAGCAGGAGCUGGUGGAGCACGGGGACAAGAUUACGGAGCCGGACGUGGUGCAGGAGCAGGAGCAGCUGCAGCAGCCAGUGCAGCGGGAGCUGGAGGUUAUGACCAAGGACUGAGAGGAUAUGGUCAAGGUGCCGGAGCUGGUGCUGGAGCAGCUGCUGCAGCUAGUGCUGGAGGACGUGCAGGUUUUGGACAAGGCCAACAAGGUUAUGGUCAAGGAGCCGGUGCUGGAGCAGCUGCUGCAGCUGGUGCUGGAAGAGGUCGAGGCUACGAUCAAGGUGCAGGUGCUGGAGCAGCAGCAGCAGCAGCUAGUGCUUCAGGUCUUGGCGGCAGAGACCAACAAUUAUAUGGACAAGGUGCAGGUGCCGGGGCAGCUGCCGCUGCUGUAGCAGGAGCUGGUGGAGCACGGGGACAAGAUUACGGAGCCGGACGUGGUGCAGGAGCAGCAGCCAGUGCAGCGGGAGCUGGAGGCUAUGACCAAGGACAGAGAGGAUAUGGUCAAGGUGCCGGAGCUGGUGCUGGAGGACGUGGAGGUUUUGGACAAGACCAACAAGGAUAUGGUCAAGGAGCCGGUGCUGGGGCAGCUGCUGCAGCUGGUGCUGGAAGAGGUCGAGGCUACGAUCAAGGUGCAGGUGCUGGAGCAGCAGUAGCAGCUAGUGCUUCAGGUCUUGGCGGCAGAGACCAACAAGGAUAUGGACAAGGUGCAGGUGCCGGCGCAGCUGCAGCUGCAGCAGCAGGAGCUGGUGGAGCACGGGGACAAGAUUACGGAGCCGGACGUGGUGCAGGAGCAGGAGCAGCCGCAGCAGCCAGUGCAGCGGGAGCUGGAGGCUAUGACCAAGGACUGAGAGGAUAUGGUCAAGGUGCCGGAGUUGGUGCUGCAGCAGCAGCGGGAGCUGGUGCUGGAGGACGUGGAGGUUCUGGACAAAGCCAACAAGGAUAUGGUCAAGGAGCUGGUGCUGGGGCAGCUGUUGCUGGAAGAGCUGGAGGCUACGAUCAAGGUGCUGCGGGAGGCGCCGCAUUCGCUAGCUCUAGUGCUGCCAGUGGUGUCGAUGUUUCUACAAUAUAUUCCACUACGUCACGCUUGUCGUCUGCUUCUUCGUCUUCGCGAAUAUCUUCUGCUGCAUCAGCUUUAACUGAUGGUGGAUAUGUAAAUACAUAUGCUUUACCUUCAAUUAUUUCUGAUUUGUCUUCUCAAGUUCGUGCUUCUUCAGCAGAUUUAUCUGGCUGUGAAGUUCUCGUGCAAGUUCUAUUGGAAAUUGUAUCCGCUCUUGUACAUGUUCUAAACUAUGCGGAUAUCGGGGAGAUUGACUUUAAUUCUCUAGGAUCCACAUCUAAUCUGGUUGGUCAGUCGAUUCAAGCUUUAGUGUAGUAACUGAAACUGUGAAAUGCCUUCUUUGUAUUUCUUAUGUAAUGCAGCUGUAGAGAAAUAAAUAUGUUUAAAAUUA